AUUCAAAUUAACUUGAUUGACAUCAACGACCACGCCCCAUCCUUCAACCAGCCAAUGGAAACGCUCUACGUCAGCGAGGGUUCACCCAUAAACAAGACCUUCAAAAUUACCCAAGCCAGUGACAACGACAUUGGGGUGAAUUCCAUCCAACACUACACCCUCAUUCCUCAAUACGAUUCCUCACAUUCCCACAAUCAUUAUCAUGAUCAACAUCAUAAUCAUCUUCAUCAUCACCAACAUCCAGCUAACGAUACCAAUGAUGACGACUAUGAUGACGCCAACGAAAACAAACUGACGAUCCGACUAAUCGCCCCACUCGAUCGCGAAAUUACCGACACGUACAAAGCAGCGGUUCUGGCGCAAGAUGGCGGAAAUCCGGCUCGAACCGGAACAUUGAAUCUCGUGAUAAAAGUUACCGACGUCAACGAUAAUGCUCCGAAGUUUGAUUCGGAUAAUUACACAAUCGAUAUAUACGAGGACCUGCCAGUCGGUUCUGUGUUGUUGAGAGUAUUCGCUGAAGAUCGGGAUGUUGGUUCGAACAGUCGGAUCAUUUACAUACACUCACACAUCAACAAAAAUUCUGACAAAGAAAUUUUCAGCGUAGACGAAUCUGACGGCAAAAUAACAUUGAGGAAACCGCUGGAUCGAGAGACACAAGCGAUGCACAAGUUUUUCGUAUGGGCAGAAGACGGCGGAACACCUAAGAUGUCAGCGUUCGUGCAGGUCAUCGCCAAUGUGCUUGACGUCAACGACAACCGACCAACAAUCGCCAUCACUUCAACCACCGAGUCGGGUCUUUUUGAAGUUGUGGAGAACUCGGCGGAGGGCACGUUCGUCGCUUUUGUGAGCGUUCGUGAUGGCGAUGAAGGAAAAAAUGGGAUGGUGGCUUGCGAGUUGGCCGAAGUAGUCGACGCUUCAUCAACUACUUUUAACAAUGGGGCCUACAAGCUCGAAACAAAUACCGACUCGUUGGACCGAGAAUUCAUAAAUCGAUACAACGUUACGAUAUCCUGUCGAGAUUUUGGCAGUCCAUCCCUCUCGUCUGCAGCCACCGUGCCGCUGCAUGUGUUGGACGUCAACGACAACAGACCAGCAUUCAAGAAGGAUUUCAUAGAAGUGCACGUUGAAGAGGGCAACGAAGUAGGCAAGUUGCUGGCUGUCUUGAAUGCCCAAGAUGACGAUGAUGAGGAUGUACUCAAGUAUUCGAUUGAACCGCAUCUAAUCGAAGGCUCUAAAAUUGUGACAUCCGUC